AUGAUAAUGCGCGGACAGUCGGUGCAACAGGAGGGUAAAGAUUGCGGGAUUGUGGUGGUUGCAGUGGUUGGAGUGAAGAUGCUGGGGUUGCGAUGUCUGUGGGUGCCUAGCAGUGGGCUGGGCACAGCAUUGUGGCGGUGCCGAGCGAUUUUUCCGCGUCAAUUCGUCCGUUGUCAGGGCUCAUUGACUUUGCGAGACUAUCAGCAGCACGUGAUUGACAAAUGCAUUCACAGAAUAAUCGACCGUCAUGACAGUAAUGGUCGCAUCAGAUUGGGGGUUUCGUUGGCUACGGGCGGUGGAAAGACGGUGAUAUUUAGCAACUUGAUCAAUCAGCUUGCGUUGGCCAAGAAAUGUCAGGCUGCGCUGAUUCUUGUACAUAGAAGGGAAUUGGUGCAGCAGGCGGCUGCCACAAUUCGUAAAUGCGUACCGAACUGCCACGUUCUGAUUGAAAUGGGCACGAGCAGUGUGCCCGAAGAGACGGUGCAGUUCAAGGGAGCAACUACGGUGAUAAUUGCGUCUGUCCAGUCCCUUGUGAGAAGAAUUGACAAGUACAGCGGCGACUUUUUCGAUUUAAUUAUCAUCGACGAGGCUCACCACUCUGUUGCCAAUUCCUACCAGAGCGUUUUGAAUCACUUCAACGAUGGCGUUCCGCGGAUCGGGUUCAGUGCAACUUUCGAAAGAGCGGACAACAAGGCACUGUCCACCGUGAUAGAUGAAAUUGUCUACCACAGAGGCAUCCUGGAAAUGAUAGGUGACAAAUGGCUGUGUGAAGGCAAGUUUACACAGGUGAAGGUUGAUUACGAUCUUUCCAAAGUUGGUAUUUCGAGCGUUACUAAUGAUUUUAAAAUCGAGAGGCUCUCGCAAGUUAUGAACAAUGAUCGUGUUAAUGAAAUUAUUGUGCAGACGUAUAUACACAAAAACGGAAUUGGCUGUGGAAGGGGAGAAAAGAACUUCAAAUCCACUUUACUGUUCGCAAUUGAUAUCAGUCAUGUAAACAGUCUUCAAAGAAAAUUUGCGGAGCAUGAUAUCAAAGUGAGCUCAGUAACGUCAGCGACUAGAAUUGACGAAAGAGAUAGAAUCGUUAGAGAGUUCAAAUUGGGCAACAUCCAGGUACUUAUCAAUUGCGGCAUAUUUACCGAGGGAACAGACAUGCCAAACAUCGAUUGUAUAUUACUGUGUAGACCAACAAGAUCAAGGUCGCUGCUGAUACAAAUGAUCGGCCGUGGGCUCAGAUUGCAUCAUUCAAAGAAACAUUGCAGUAUAAUCGAUUUCACAGGUAACACCUCACAGGUGGGGGUAGUCUCUGUGCCUACUUUAGCAGGCAUAGAGAACUAUGACGAUACUCUGGAGGAUGCCACAAUUCAAGACCUUCAGAGUAUAAAAGAUGAAUUUCAGUUCAAUGAAGGCAAAAGGGAGGAAAAAGAGAUUGCUGCACAAAAAUCCUUCGAUAUCUUUCUUGAUAAAAUGGACGCUUUUGAUCUAACUUUGAGUUCCUUUGAAACCUUUCGAAGUUACCAUGACCAUUUUUCGAUUAGUGAUGCAGCAGCAACAGAAAUUCCAGACUCCUUAAAUGAGCUCAACCUAUUUUACAACUCCAGAUAUCCAUGGGCUAAAUUUUCAGAUAAUGCUUGGGCAUUAUCUUUACAAAAUAAUCACCAUUUGAGAGUUUACAAAAAAGACGGAAAUUAUUCGCUGCGACUCUACCGUGAAAUACCAUCAUAUCUAAGAGAUACAACCAAUACAAAAUUUGUACCGCGAGAAUUGAUUAUCGAUGAGAAUCUACUAAAGAUAAUUGGUAAAGUGGAGCAAGUUAUGGAGAAACUGACGGAAACUAAUAAAGAUGAUAACAAAGUCAAGAAUUUAACCAAAUUUGCGAGAUGGAGAUAUGAACCAGCAACCCCAAAGCAGAAAAAUUUCAUCAAGAAAAGAUUAACGGCAAGGUCAACCGAAUUUUCAGUACCAGUUAGUGAUAUAGAAUCUUAUAUUCAAAAGUUAACAAAGGGUCAAGCAUCUAAUAUUCUAUUUGCAUGUAAUCUGGCACCUGUAUACCCAAUAAAAUCACUCCUACGUAUAGUUAAGUAUAAGAAAACUGCAUAG